GUCAGGGAAAGUCACACGCUGGGUCGAGAUAAGCUUCCUCUUACCAUGAGUGCAUCUGCGGCGAAGGUAUCUGCGAAAAAGGCAAGUAUCCUCCUGCAGCCUUUCUCCACGAUCAAAAAGUCAGAGCGAGAUAACGGUCUACCCAAUAAACGGCGGAAGCUCGACAGAUCCAAGUUGAGGCCCGCAUCUCUAGGCCUAAACUCCGUUCCCUCGUUGCAAGACACAUCUACGGCGUUUCCAAGAGGACAACCCACUCCAACCAUCGACUCCGAGCUCGCUGUGGACUUCACGACCCAAGAAACUAAAAAUGGCGAGUCCCUUGCGACGCUCCGCAAGAUGAUUUUCGGACGGCUAGAGCAUACGUCUACCCAGGUAGAUCCAGGAAAAUACCUUGCAGUCGAUUGCGAGAUGGUGGGCGUGGGCAUAGACGGCGAGGAGUCGUCGCUUGCACGCGUUAGUAUUGUUAACUAUUGGGGUGCCGUGCAGAUGGACGAGUUCGUGAAGCAGAAGGAGCGUGUUGUGGAUUAUCGGACCAAGUGGAGUGGGAUACGCCCCUCGGAUAUGGUCAGAGCCAAGUCAUUCGAAGAGGUGCAGAAAACAGUCGCAGCUCUCACCAAAGACCGCAUUCUAGUGGGACACGCCGUGCACAACGAUCUCAAGGUUCUAUUACUAUCUCACCCAGGUCCCUACAUACGAGACACACAACACUUGGCAGCAAAACACAAAUUAACCAGUAGUAAACGCCCCGCUCUUCGCAACCUCGUGAAACAAGAACUUGAUGUUGUUAUCCAGGGAGGGGAACACUCCAGUGUCACAGAUGCUAGGGCGACGAUGGCCUGUUGGGACAAGGGAUUCAGGCCGUUGCCCACGCCUGGUGCUAGUGCAUCGAAUAAACGAAAACGCGCUGAGUGUAGCGAACUAGACGCACCUACCCCACCAGGUAGAGGGAGGAAGGGCGUCAGUUCUGGACUUUCUACAAUAGUCAAACGGACACCGCAGACGAAAACGAAAACUGCAGUCAAGACUGCUAGCAGUAAUUGGUGGACCACCCUGGGCGCCAGCGGCAUUGCAGCGAAAGGUUCCAUGAAGUUGUAGAGCACCCUAUUACCAGACACAGGUUUCCGAUAAGCCGAUACCGGAGGCUCGUGACGCAAGGAAAUUAUGGCAGGUGCACGAGAGUGUUGAAGAUGCAGGGGAUAUGCAUUAAAUAUAAAUAAGGGCCACCCUACUCUGCUUAGGCUUGUGCACAAAUAGGGAGAGCUCUGGGUGUUGCAGGACUGCGACAAGGGUGGGGUGCCAUAGUCGCACCCCAGUCAUAUUGCGAGCGGUGGUGGCAAUUGACAUGCUCCUCUGUCAUUCUGUCUCGUCUAAGUACCAGAAACAUGUAGCUGUACCUGUUCUUGGAUGCACAGGUAUGAACUCACCAUAAUAGCAUGGUACC